AGGUCAUCUCGCUCGGCCACCGCCUCUGCCGCUACGUAUUACAUUUGCGUGCAGAAGCAAAGGAUCACUGGUCGCGAGAACUGGCUGCUUCUCAUGCAGAUUCGCAACUAAUGCUGGGGAGCGCAAAUUUAGACGAAUUUUAAAUAGUUAAAGAUAAGAGAUAAAAAGACGGUUUAAAAAAGUCCACAAGUUCGAGCGAUAUUCUCUGUAUAAGAGCGCGCGUCGGUCAACAGCGAAGAGCUCUUCAAGUGGCGAUAGCGUGUGGUGGUGCACCACAAAGGUGUCCAAUCUUCAACAUAUUUUGCAUGGAGAUAAUUCUGACAACAAACUUUCUGUGAUUUAUCAGUCUUUUUUUCAGAGCCAAUAAAAUGAUGGUCCGAUUAGCCGUGGUUUCAAUUUUGCUUCUCGCCGUGCCUAAUAUAAAUUCUGCUCCGGUCCACCCCAGCAGAGAGUGCAAAGCUGGCCUCCAUGUCUUCCUGACAGUCAAUUCAAUCGCUAACAAUUCCAUUGUUAACCGACUUGAACUUAACUGGGUGGGCGCUACUCCCAGUGAUGGCGAAUGGAUUGGAAUAUUUGCAUCAGACCCGGUCACCUCCGGAGUUACAAGUUUCUUGGAGAGGCUCGAUUUGAAUCCCUCAUCGGGAUCCGAUGGAUUUUACGUGACCAAAACUAUGGUGGAAAAUUUUGCAACAAAUAGCUCCGAGCUUGGAUUUGUUUCACGGUGUUUAAAUUAUCACAUUGGCUACGUUUCAAGUGGUGGUCAGGUCUUGGCCAGCGGUUGUUUGAGAAUCGAGCCGACCUGGAUGGCCGACAUGACCGGUCUCGGUGAUCAGAUCAUCAAGGACAUUUUCAUUCCUGGCACGCACGAUUCCGGCGCCUAUGGCAAUUACGACCCUAUUUUGGGCGACACCCUCGUUAUCAAGUACACCGUCACCCAGGACGAAGACCUGUUGGCCCAAUUGAUUAGAGGCGUGCGCUAUCUUGAUAUCCGAGUUGGCUAUUACGGACCGCAAAGAGCUGAAAACGUGUCCGGCUUUUGGAUAAACCACGGCGCUUUCCAAAUGCACCGCCUCGAAAAGGUUCUUGCACAAGUCAAAGAGUUUCUGGCCAACACGGAAAAGGAGAUUGUCAUUUUCGACGUCCAGGAAUUCCCCAACGGAUUUACCUCCAUCGACAUACACCACAAAUUGGUUCAAUUUUUGGAACAGGAAUUCUCUAAUUACAUCAUUCCCCGAGGAGCUAGUGACUGGAACUCAAAGAUUAGUGAUUUGAUGGCAAGUGGAAGGAUAAUUAUUUCGUAUGAUGACACGGACAUGGUGAACGCGUACCCGUGGAUUUGGAGACGAGUGGAUCAUAAGUGGGGCAACGUCCGCACUACUGAGGAUUUGUUUGCCUACCUUUCAAGCUUAAACAGUAAUCCUCCUCUAUUGAGUGCCUGGUCAGCAAUGGCCGAACUGACCCCGACCGCCUGGGACGUGGUGACGGACGAACUUGGCGGUUUGAGAAAAAUGGCUGAUUCGGUGAACAGGAACGUCACCACCUGGUACCAAGGAUCGUGGGGACAAACGGCAAAUGUGGUUGCUGUCGACUUUUACCGAGGAUCAGACAUAAUCGGGACAGCUAUUGAAUGGAACAAGCAGAGAAUCAACGGCCGCAUCAAUUGUGUGAAUCGCUGGGAACGAAACUAUUUGCGAAGAAGGCUGUUUCAGUUUUUCCAGUUCAAAUUCUUCUAAUCGCCAAGCCAAAGAAAUCGUUUAUAGGAUUAUAAAAUUAAUUAUAUGAAAAAUCAAAAAUUGAUUUGUGAUUAAAAUCUCAAAAUUGUAUUUUACCUAAAA